AUGUCCGCUGAGCCAACUCAAGACGGGCCCAGCGAAGCCGGCGCAAACAUUGCCCAGCACUAUCAGCAGCCGCAACAACAACAGCAUCAGCAUCAGCAUCAGCAUCAGCAUCAACAACAGCAUCAAAACACGACCGCGGUAGCCACGCACGGGACGCUCAAGAUCCCCUACAUCCUCCCGCACGAGCGCGUGUUCCCGAUACAGAUUGGGGGCGAGACGUUUAACCUCUCUGGCGCGUCGAUCUCCUCGGACGCACCAUCAUACUUCUCGCAGCAUUUCCGUGCCCUGUUGGAAAGAGCCAGAGAGGACAACGAAGACCCGUGCGCCGCCAUCAAGACUCUUUACAUCGAUCGCGACCCCGCGACCUUUCGCGACAUUGCGCUUCAUCUACAGGGCUACCAUGUCACACCAAGAGACGGGACGCACUUUGUGCGCCUCUUCGCCGAUGCGCAAUUCUAUUCCCUCCCGAGGCUGAUAAGCCAGCUGUACGAGGAGAGCAUCUUCAUCUCCAUCGGCCACCGCGAGUUCCAGAUCCCACGCAGCACCUUCAGCGCCCCCGGCAACUCGCCCAACUUCUUCUCGCUCGGCUUCGCAGCCUUCUUCUCUAGACCAGACGAGCUGUUCCCCGGGCUCGACCGCGAGGGCCUCAUCCGCCCACCGAGCAUCCUGCCCCCGUCCGUGCCGAACCGGGACGCCGACAUCUUCGCCGACCUGCUGCGCAUCCUUAGGGGGUACCCCGUGCACAUACGCGACGAGGUCCACCGGGCCAAGCUGCUCGCCGACGCGCGCUACUUUCACUUCAAGGGGCUGGAGCAGAAGCUGAUUACGCACGAGAUAUCGUUCAACCAGGUGCGACAGCGCGCGGAGAUUGUGCUGCGUCUGGAAAAUGUGCAAAAGUCCGGCUUGUCCGUCAGGGACGACGUCGGCGGACCCGCGGGGACCAGCGGCUGGGUCACCUACGCGCGUCCCUAUGUCGACGACAAGGCCGCCGACCUCGUGCUGGAGAUUGGCCAUGAGACGACGAAACUGCACCUGCCCGCGUCGGGCCACCCUCGCGCGGAGUUUUUCAACGAUACCAAGGCUAGAAUUAGAAAGCUAUUCGAGGUCAUUGCCAUAAAGCUGGGCUUGCCGCCUACAGCGGGACCGCUGGGAUUGUGGAUGGGCACGAGCGGCGGUGAGGCACGUGUCCCUUCGCCAGGCCACACUACCCUCGGCGAAGAUCUUGUGCACGUGGUUCUACCACCCGAAGCAGCCAUACUGUUGGAUGGCAAGGAAUAUGAGGCAGAUGCUGCCAUGCUCAAAGACGACGACGGCCCGAGUCACAACCCUCGGAAGAGGCGGCGAGCAGAGGGACCAGAAGAAUGGACCGUCAGAAAAGGUCAGUGGAGGCUGCGGAUACGUCCUUCGGAGGCUGGCAAUGGUGGUGUCGAGUGUGUACUCGUAACAGUCAAGAUCGAUGCUGUAAGCUCGGAACGUGGCCGCAACAUGGCCAGGGGGUUUCUAGGAUCCUGA